UGUUCAUAAAAAAGGAAAGAGAGAAAGGAGACAAAUAGUUUGCAAAAAAGCUUUGACAAAAAUCGAUCCAUUAGAAUCAUCCACUUGCACUUUCCUGUGAUGUGACCUUUACGCUUAAGAACAGCAGCGUGACAAAAUAAAAGAGCACGAUCACACCCUAUUUCCGCAGAGGAAAGAGACAGGCUUGGUGGGAUGAGGGAGGUACGAGGGAGAAAAGAUCGCACAGAGCUUUCUCGUACUACUCGGGGGCGAAUCAGUGCAGCGCGAUGCAGUCGAUCAGAGCACGCUGACGCGCUCGUAGGUUCUUCGUCUAGAGGGAACAAGAGAGGAGAGGCUCACGCGAACUGCUCGCCAAACUUGACUUAUUCAUCCGGGCGCUUCGUGUAUAUUUAUUUUUCUACUUAUUUAUUCGUAUCGUAUAUUACAGCUUGUCUAAAGUGUCCGAGUUGAAAGCGAGCAACUCCGAGCAACUCUCGAAAUUCCCUCUUCGAUUUUCACAAUCUCGCGUUUAGUCACUUCCCGUUCGUUCUAUUCGCAACGACGGAUCUGGUCCGGAUAACUAUAUGUCCGUGUCUAUCCUACUGCACGGAGGAAUCGAAGAAGAAGAAAGAAAGAAAGAAAGUGUCGUAUACGCGUGAAACGUGAGAAUCCCAAAAGGACUCGACAGCCCGACGCCGAUGCUAUUUCGAGGCUGGGACGUACCGUUCGUCAUCGAAUGUACAGCGAAUAUACUGAAAAUUGAACCGACUGAAGAGAAAAAACAUGAGAUCGAGGGAUUCAAUCGUAUGCACGCCAGUGUCCCUCGAGCCUGACACCGACGAUGAGGAGACGUUGGUUAACGCGGAAGUCUACAAGAAUGAUCUGGCGCAGAUACGAGCGUUGGUCGAGUCGACGGGGAUGCUGGGCGGUUCCACUUGUCCGUCAUGCGAGAUGCCGUUCGACAAGGGCAAGAAACGUCGUCUGAUCGACUCCUGCGGACACGAACGUUGCUACUCCUGCCUCUUUCGCAGCGAAGCCUGUCCGCUCUGUCUGCGCGGUACUGAUUUCAACAACGACGACGACGACGACGACGACGACGGACUUGAGGAGCCUCUCGGGGACGAGUUCGCUGCUUCCACGGCUCCUCCGUUGUCCAUUUUUGCGCCUACGGAUGGCUGGCUUGACGAGUCAUCAACGGUCAACUCUCUCUGCGGCAGCCCCAGGCCACGCACUAAAGUCACCACUAGGGCUAAUCUGCCAUUGCGAAUUACACACCAAUUGGACGGGGAAGAAAAUCUUUCAUCGACGGCAAUGGCUAAGAGCACGAAAUACAAACAACCAACAUUUUUAGAUUCUUCCAUCUUUCAAGCUCGGCAGAAACUUCAAAUGACACAAAGUUGCCCUACACCACCGAAUCAACGGAAAAGAUUCUUUCUCAAUGCAAAAGUGCUGAAAAGUUCCUUCGCUCCACAGAGAUCUUCAAGACGUACGACCUCGCCCGAACCAAUUACAAAUGAUAUGAAUCCUUCCGCAUUAUCAGCUACACACAGUUUUGGACAUACAGUUUGGAUGACUACUUCGUGGGAGGGAAAAGCGAGAUGGCCUGGCGUUGUCUUAGGGAAAAUCAAGUCCCUGUGGAACAGCAGUCAAGGCACAGCUAACGACGGGCUGAAUCAGCUUAUCGGCUCGUCGAGUAAAGUUACAGAUGACGAGGGCGGUUGCGUAAAGCCGCUUCCUUCAAAGGCCAGGAAGUCGUCACAGUCGGACCUAUAUAUGAGAUUAGGUCUACUACUGGGGUCCGGGCGAGCGAACUCGAACACAAAUGCGGAACCAGACACGUGUUCUACGCGAGUCCCGGUGCAAGGACACGACAGUUCCGCGGCUUCCUUCAGCAGCCUGACCAGCUUCGAGACGCAGACAUUGGCCUCGACGAACACGAGCCCGGUGUCUACGUUGACAGGCACUUCGAGCGAAGCAGAGGCCGCGGCGGCGCUGCGAUGUCCUAUCAAGCCAAAAGUCAAGGCAAAGGGAAAAGUCAAAUCCAGAGACUGCGACAGCGCCGGUAGCUUGGCUUCCAUUUCUACGUCGUUAUCUGCGUCUACGUCGAUGUCCAUGUCUAUGUCAGUGUCGGUCUCGGGCUUGUCAAAUGGUAGUUGUAGCCCACUCGCAUCCAGAAGACAUUCCGUUAAUACUGCGCAAGCAGAUCAAGCAGACGAGCUCAGCCAAUUCAAGAACAGACGAUCCUGCAUGAGGAGGUCAACGAGGACUAGUAACCUCAAAGGACCAAUAGACACUAGACUACGCUUCGCCCAACAUCACGCUACGCAGUUAACAUUGAAGCCGUUGUUCUUCGAAGUGCCGUUAUUGGAAGAGGACCCGCUCUUUGCGGGACGACAGUGGCUUUUACACGAAUUAGAAUCCAUGGUCAACGGCUCCAGUCCUGGUAUAUUGAUAUCCGGUUCGCCCGGCACGGGAAAGACUGCGCUCGUUCUGCAGUUAGUUGAACAUAGUUGCUUCGGCAGAAGAAAGGAGCAGCCGAGGCCCUCGCAAGUAGGCGAAGAAUGUGACGAGAAGGAGAAGCAGAGUAACAGUACGACUUUGCGGGCUAACAUUCGGCAUACAAACGAAAAGGUCCGCGAAUUAGCUUCGCAUGUCGUGGCUUAUCACUUUUGCCAAGCCGAUAACAACAGUACCUGCGUAGUGCCAGAUUUAAUUCACUCGCUAGCGGCUCAACUCUGCCAGGCUCCUCAAUUGAUCUCGUACAGAGAGUACCUCCUGUCCGAGCCUCAUCUUCAAGGCUCACUGUCGCAAAGGGAAUGCACCGUCGAUCCAGAUCUCGCCCUCUCCAGGGGAAUUAUCGAGCCGCUCUCGACUCUGAAGAAAGCGAACAGAUUACCAACCUCGAAUAUGGUAAUAUUGGUCGACGCUGUUUGCGAGGCCGAAUAUCAUCGGCCGGACAGAGGCGAUACUAUAGCUUCUUUCCUGACCAGACACGCACCUAACAUUCCUAGUUGGCUAAAGAUCGUCUGUACAGUCAGGACGCAACUGUUGGACUGUACAAAGCAGCUACCAUACACAAGGAUCUCGUUAGACAAGACUACGAACGAUGUUGUUGGUAACGGCAUCGCAAGGGACUUGUCCGAUUAUAUCAACUAUAGGCUCGUGCAGAGUCCCUCUAUACAGGCGAACGUAACCGCAUCGGUAAACGGCAAGGCGGAAUUGUCGUGCAGUGCGAGUCAGAUGAGAUUCGCUUCGCAUUUGCUCGCGUUGGCCAAAGGAAGCUUUCUCUUCGCUAAGCUGACCCUCGACCUCAUCGAAAGCGGCCAUUUAGUCGCUAAAUCCGCGAGUUACAAGGUCCUACCGGUCUCUCUCGCGCAAAUCUUUCAGUUGCAUUUCAAUUUGAGAUUCCCCACGGCAGCUUCGUUCGACAGGGUACAACCGCUUCUGGCUGUCUGCCUGGCGGCUUUGUAUCCACUGACCCUAUCUGAAAUUUUCUACUCCGUAAAUUCUCUGCAUACGAAUCAUUUUAUUUCGUGGGGAGAUUUUUUGCAGAGAUUCAAAAUGCUCUCCGGCUUCCUUGUGAAACGCUUGGACGACACGUACAUGUUUUUCCAUCCAUCGUUCAGAGAAUGGCUGAUGAGGAGGGAUGAGGGGGAAUCGACAAAGUUCCUGUGCGACUAUAGACUCGGGCACGCGGCGAUAGCAUUUAGACUGUCCCGCCUUCAAACGCCGUUGGACGGCGACAAGACCUUGGAACUAGGUCAUCACGUGCUGAAGGCGCAUGUUUACAGAGGCGUAGCUCCAUGCUUGCCAUCGCGCGAUUUGCAAGCAAUCUGGCUAACUUCGUCGAGCGAGUGCGUCUCCUCGGCGCUGUGUAUGCUUCGGAACAUCUAUAGUCCAAACGUAAAGGUAUCGCGAUUGCUCCUGCUGGCGGGUGCAUCUCCGAACCACAUCACCGAGUAUCUGGGCAGUGCACCGGCUUUAUGCAUGUACGCGCAUGAAGGUUCCGUCGAGAUGGUGUCACUUCUCCUCGAGUUCGGCGCCGAUGUCGAACUGACCAACAGCCAGGGUUGUACUGCGCUUUCACUUGCGGCUGCCCGCGGUCACUGUGACGUCGUCCGAAGACUGGCUGCCGCUGGAGCGUCAUUGGGACACGCGGACAUGGCCGGCCAGUGUCCGUUGGUGCAUGCAGCCAGACACGGAAGGUUGUCCGUAGUCGGAUACCUGCUCGCCUGUGACUGGGUGGUGCCUGCCAGCGAAGCACAAGGGCACAAGGGCGCGGAAGGUCGUCCUGUGGAAACAGGCAGAGAGGAAGCCGCUCAACAGGCUGUCGUUGCAGCUGCGUCACAGGGCCACGAAGCCGUUGUAGAAUAUCUUCUGGAUAUGGCCGAGGUUAUCGUGGAUCGUCCUGAUACGUUGAUAGGCGAGACCGCUUUGACAAUCGCUGCUGCGAACGGCUCAACCGCGACAGUCUCUGCCCUCUCAGCCCGCGGUGCUAAUCCGACAGUUGUCAACGCGAAAGGCCUUUCCCCAUUGAUGCUUGCCGCUAGGGAAGGACACUGGGGCACCGCCGAACGGCUCUUGCAAGGAGUUUUGUCCGUCAGCAAAGACAUAGUGUCGGACGAUGCUUCAUCGCUUUUGGAACAACGCGACCUCGCUGGCCGUACCGCGUUGAUGUUCGCCGCCUCGGAAGGUCAUACCAAUCUGAUCGAGUUACUCCUCGAUAAGGGAUCGAUCUUGGAAACGAGGGACAAGGAUGGACUCACCGCUCUCUGUUGGGCUUGUGUCAGAGGACGUAUAGCCGCCGUGCAAAUUUUGCUGGACCGUGGCGCCGAUGUCAGUACCAACGACAACACCGGUAGAACUCCUUUGGAUUUGGCCGCAUUCCAGGGUAAUCCAAAGCUGGUACAGCUUUUACUCGAGAAGGGCGCCGCAGUGGAGCAUGUUGAUCUCCAUGGUAUGCGGCCUCUGGAUCGAGCUAUUGGUUGUCGCAAUAUACCGGUGGUGCAAUGCUUCUUGCGCCGUGGCGCUAAACUGGGUCCCGCCACAUGGGCCAUGGCGGCUGGGAAACCGGAUGUUUUGAUAAUUUUGCUGAAUAAACUCUUGGAGGAUGGCAAUGUAUUGUAUCGGAAGAACCGAUUGAAGGAAGCGUCACAUAGAUACGCGUACGCUCUCAAGAAAUUCCCAAUUUCGCCAGAGGAGGAUUGUCAAGGACAGGAGCAGAGUCACAUGAUGUUGCAGCUUCAAACUUUCACGCAGCUUCGUUUGAACUUCUUUCUGAAUCUUAGCCGAUGCAAACGGAAAAUGAACGAAUGCACCGAGGCGAUCGAACUCGCUGACGAAGCCCUCAACGUUCGAUCGGUGUCUUACGAGGCAUUCUAUGCCAGAGCUAAAGCGCGCGUGGACUUGGGCCUGCUCGACGACGCACUGUCGGAUGUUCAGGAAGCUCUACGAAACACACCAGCUCACAACAAACAAGAUCGUAGAGUACUUACGAGCUUGAGAGAAGAGAUCGUCUCUCGGAUCGAUGGUGCUGGGUCUAGUAAGGGAUACGACGACGGCAUUGCCAGAUCUCGUUUGCGGGCGUCGGUAGACACUCUCACGGAAUUGUAACGACACUUGUACAACACGGUUAUAACGACGCGGAUAAAUUAAGACUAUCGCUACGUAUCGCUUCGUUGAUUCAAGUGUUGAUUAUAAUAUACUUCAGAUAUGUCAAAAUUCUCCAGGAUAUGACUUUGAAUUCAGGAUCGGAUUUAGGGAAUGAUUGAAUGAAUUUUAUCCCAUUUCUCUGUCUCCUAUAAGAGACAUCCUUAACGAGCGUCCUUAACGUAACUCGCGCCGUAUAUAUAUACACACGUUAUGAUUACUAUUAUGAGUAAUUUAUUAUUUAGAUAUUUAAACUUUUUUUGAUCGUCCAAGCGAAUAUCUAACACGAAAGUAGCUGAUUCGAUGAAAUUUAACUGUGCACGUUCUUAGUGCGUACUUGAAAAUAUCUCUCGAUACUCUUACAAUAUCUACAUGUCCUGCCGAAUAAAAGUAUUCUUAAACGACACGUUUAAAGUAACAACAAUUGCUCGAUUCGGACAGAAGUGUACCGAUUAUGUAGUGCAUUUUCUGUCUGAUAAGAUGCGGCGGUCGAAAUACUGCGACAAUCACAGAAACCAUCAUAUGCAUGGCAUUAUAUGGCAUUAUCUUACACUUUGCAACAUUUGUCUGUCGUACAUUUUUUUUCUUUCAAAAUAUAUACUUUUCAAGAUAUCCAACCAUCCUGGCAUAUUUCGUACACUCUGUAUAAAGCUUUUAUCUGUAUAAGAUAUCCUUAUAUCUGAACGUCAACUUGUUUGAAGCAAAUACGGCUUUUGUAGCGAAAGAGUUACUUAAUACGACACUCAGAUAUCGAUUGAUUGUUACUUUAAUACAGCAUAUUUGGCAACUAUAUUGUUGACAGUCGUGCUUGCACGUUAGCAAUAAACCACCAAGUUAUUUGUUUGAAGGUGAUUGCAGAAAUACGAAAGACAUCCUGCAUCUGUUCUAUUACACGAGCAUAUAACAUUAUUUAUUGAUAAUUUUCGAAUCAAUUGCGAAUUGAAUAAAAAUUUAUAUACACGGACGCGCGUGUACAUUUAUAUGUAAUUGUAAAUUAUACCGAUAUAAUAAUUAGCUUUUCGGAAAGCGUCAUUCUAAUGAAAAAAGAUACGAAAGAAAAUCUAUUUAAUUGUCUUUUUUUUCUAAUGUCUUUUAUGUAAUAGUCAUAAAUAGCCGUAGUGUAACAAUUGUCAUUGAUUCAAACAUGGAACACAUAAUUCCGAAUUAUAUGUGACAUAUCUUAAAUUUCAGCUAUGUGUAUAUAGAAUAGUUAUGGAAGUCUCAAGUCCGGACAGGAAUAAUGUUAACCCUGUUACCGAUAGCACGAGGAAAGGCCGACGCUUUAACCUCGCAGCAAUAUUUAUGAUGCUUAUAUCUUGCCAAACGUAUACAUUCGUAUAUUAAGGUUCGUAUUCGCAGAACUAUGGAGUUAACGGAAACCAUAGACUGCUCAAGCAAUUUGUUUAAAUAUUUUCAUAAAUCGUAUUUACAAGCGUAACGGAGCGCCGUUCUUUCUUUUCUCUCUCUUUUUUAUAAUUCUCUCAACAUAAAGAUAAAAGAUAUAACGACUGUUAUUGACUCUGUCGUAAGGAGGAAAGGUAUCAAAUAAACCAACUUUUCAUUCAAA